CAUCAUAGAAAGCUGUCUCUGUGGUCAGGUAGAAGCUUUUUCCCUAUCAUAAAUCCAUGCUGAUGACUUCCAGUUUUCAUCUUGUAUUUAACAUAUUUGGCAAUGAUUUCUAGGAUUAUUUAUUUGCUCCAUCACCUUCUUGGGGAUCAGGAUGAGGCUAACCAGCCUGUAGUUCCCCAGAUUCCCCUCCUUGAAGGGGGAAUUUUCCUUGCUCACUUCCAGUCCUCAGGAACCUCCCUUGAUCAUCACCAUGAUCUUUUAAAGAUAAUUGAGAGUGACCUUGAGGUGACAUUGACCAGCUUCUUUGGCACUCAUGGAAGCAUCCCAUUAGGACCCAUGCAUUUGCGUAUGCCCAGUUUGUUUAAAUAUGGCUUUCCUUGGUCUUCCUCUACUGAGGGUGACUUCUUGCUGCUCCAGGCUCUGCCUCUGGUCUGUGGAGCCUGGCGUUCCUGAUGGUGGUAGAAACUGAGAUGGAGAAAGCACUGAUUACCUGUGUCUUUUCUGUGUCUCACCUGGUCCUCUGCCCCAUUCAGCAGCCAGUAACCGUUUUCCUUGGUCUUACAUUUGCUGCUAAUACACCUGUGAUAUCCCAGCUUGUUGGCUGUCACAUCCAUUGCCAGAUUCAAGUCUGGGUGGACUCUGGCUUUCCUGAGCCCAUCCCUGCAUGAUCAGACAGUGUCAUGCUAUUUGUCCCUGUUUACAUCUCUUGUAAGUUUUCUUUUUAUGCGUGAGUUGAGUUAGUUCAUCUAUGCAGCCUCCUGUGUGUCUUGCUUGACUUCCUGAGCACAAGGAUGGACUGCUCUUGAGCUUGGAGGAGGUGAGCUGCUGGUUCCAGAGGGGUGGCACAAGUAGAGCUGAGAGUAGCUUGUGUGUGAAGUUACUUGGUGAUGCAGUCAGUCAUACAUGGGAUGGAGUAAAAUACAUCUUACUCUCUUGGUUGUACUCGAGCUAUAGCACAAAACCAACGCUGGUGAAAUUAAUAUUUUGUCACUACAAAAAACAAGUAGCUUUAAGCUGGAAAAGGGGACAAGUCUGUAAAUUAUUUACUGUUGCAAUCACACCUGUAUCAGGCUUUUGAGCCCAUCACCAUUCAAAAUUAGAUCUAGGCAGCUCUGACUAACAGCUUAUAAAAUGCAAGGUAAUUCUUUAUGUGUUUUUAAUAGGAAAAAAAAAGUGUGUAUAUGCUUUAUUUCAGGUGGUUUAUAGUAUAUAAUGAAAGGUAGAUCUAUCGCAGUUAAGACAUUUAAGUGAUAGUCUAUAAGGUCUGAAUUACAAAAAAUGUUUAAUUCCUUCACAUUUUCUCUUGCAAAUUCUUCCUGUUGGAACAUGGGACUCCAUAUGAAUUGCCACCUGUUCCUUCUACAUCGAGGACAGGCUUUGCAGAAUCUUCUGUUAGGGAGCGAAUGAGAGAGAAACUCAAAGCAGCAAGGUCAAAAGCAGAAAUUACUUUACUGCAAGAAGACCCCAGUCCACGACCAAGGCGUUUAAAAAGCAUCAGAGAACGGAAAACAGAAGUCAAAUUGGAUAAAGCGUCUGAUAAUGAUAAAUUUGGGGAGAUGCAAGAGGAUGAAUCCCACUUACCACCAAAAAUAAAGUUUCGUGAUUCUGUAAAAAAGCUUAGGCAAAAGUCAACAUUCCAGAAUGAUUUUCCUUCCACUGAAGAAGCAUAUAAUUUCUUUACCUUCAAUUUUGAUCCUGAACCCAAAAGUAUAAAGGCUGGAUCCAGGAAGAGGAAUGAAUUAAAUGAAGAAGAGGAGACAGAAGAAGACUGUGUAGAAACCCAUGAGGAGGAUGAAAUGGAUGAAGAUGUAUGCCUAGUUAAAGGUGAUGAUUUAUUCGUUAUAGGACAGGCAGCUGAAGAUUUUCUAGUAGUGAAACCUGCUGAUUGUGAAAGCUACUCUGAGCAGCUGAAAAAGGAAAAAGAAUUUCUCUUCACUCCCAGCAUGCUAGCAGUGCCCACUUCUGAGAAGAUGCCUGGAAACAUGCAGCCUAGGUACCUUGAAGAUGAGGGUCUUUACACAGGAGAAAGGCCCUUUGUAUCACAGUCUAAUCAAAAUAUUUUAGAAAACAGAAUACUUAGACAGGAGCAAGGGAAAGAGUGGUUUGGUGACGAUGGCAAAAUCUUAGCAUUGCCUAAUCCAAUUAAACAGUCUUCUACUAGGCCUCCAGUAUUCUCAUUGGAAGAAGGCAUUGCACCAGAACUUGAAACAGUAUAUAGAAAGGCAAUAAAAAUUACAGCUGCCAAUCAGUAUCUUGUUGGACCUGGAGAUUAUCAGGGGCCGUUUCAAUUGGAUAUUGAUAUUUCUGGACUGAUAUUCACCCAUCAUCCCUGUUUUAGCCGUGAGCAUGUGUUAGCAGCUAAAUUGGCUCAGUUAUAUGAUCAGUAUUUAGCAAGAAAACAGAAGAAUCUUACCAAACUUCUCACAGACAAGCUGCAUGCUUUGAGGAAUGCUGUGCAGUAUAGUAUAGACAGUGGUGGUGAUGGUGUUCCUAGACCCGUGGCACAACAGAGCAUACCUGAAUACAAAAUUGAGAUCAGGCAAACCAGAAGACUUCGUGAUGCUGAACAAGAAAAAGACAGAAUGUUGCUUAAGACCAUUAUAAAAGUUUGGAAACAAAUUAAAUCCCUCCGUGACUUUCAGAAGUUUACUAACACACCCAUGAAACUUUAUUUGAGGAAGGAAGAGGUUGAUCAGAAACUAGAUGAAAAAGCAUAUGAAGCAGAAAUUCAGGCUGAGAUAAAUGAAUUACUAGAAGAAUGUAUGGAAGAAUAUGAAAAGAAAAUGGAGGAAUAUAAAACUGAGCUACAAGAGUGGAAAUCCUGGAAGAAGACACAGAAGUCCAAGAAGAAAAAGAAGAAAAAAGGCAUUCAUGAAGAAGAAGAAUCAGUAGAGGAUUGCGAUCUUGGUGAGGAACGUGUAAAACCCAUCCCACCUAAAAUGGUCAGUAGCCUGGAAAUAGAGCAGCAGGUGAGAGAAAAAGCUGAUAACUGCAGAAGGAAACCCGGAGUGCCUGCUCUAAUUCCUGAACUAGUCCUGUCAGGAAGCGUAACUCCGACUGAGCUGUGCCCUCGAGCAGAAGUUUUGCGACGAGAAGAUGUGAAGAAACGCUCCGCAUUUAUAAAAGUCCUUUUCAACUCGAAAGAAGUAUCAAGGACUGUUACCCGACCAAUAAGUUCAGAUUUCAGAGUUCACUUUGGCCAGAUUUUCAAUUUACAGAUAUUCAAUUGGCCAGAAAGUUUGAAACUGCAGAUAUAUGAAACAAUGGGUAUGAGUGGCACCACCUUGUUGGCUGAAGUGUUCAUACCUGUUCCUGAGACGACAGUUCUGACAGGCAGUGCUCCUAUGGAAGAAAUAGAGUUCAGCAGCAAUCAGCGUGUGAUGUUGGACCAUGAAGGAGUUGGGAGUGGUGCGUCCUUUUCAUUUGAAGCUGAUGGUAGCAACAAAAUGACUUUAAUGACCUCUGGGAAAGUAUCCAAUAGUGUCUCUUGGGCAGUUGGAGAAAAAGGAAUCCCCUUAAUUCCUCCAGCAUCUCAGCAAAACACAGGAAUUCCAAGUGCUUUAAAAAAUAUUGACGCUAUUGCAUCCAUUGGCACAUCAGGCUUAACUGACAUGAAGAAACUAGCUAAGUGGGCAGCGGAAGCAAAACUUGAUCCAAAUGACCCAAACAAUGCAGCUCUGAUGCAGCUGGUCAUGGUUGCUACAAGUGGAGAGGCACACAUUCCUGAUUUCUUCAGAUUGGAACAGUUGCAGCAAGAAUUUAAUUUUGUUUCUGAUGAGGAAUUUAGUAGAUCAAAGAGAUUCCGACUCUUGCAGCUCCGAAGUGGGGAGGUGGCAGAGUUCCGAAACUAUAAGCAAGUCCCUCUGCAUGAACGAGAAAUCAGUGAGAAAAUUUUCCAGGACUAUGAGAAGAGACUGAAGGAGAGGGAUGUGAUUGACAGAAAAAAUUACCUAGAUGCACACAGAGCAGUUGUUGCCAACUACCUGCAGAAGGUUCGAGAAUCCGUAAUAAACCGUUUCCUCAUAGCAAGACGCCAUUUCCUUCUCUCUGACCUUGUCAAUGAAGAGGAGAUUCCCAGCCUGGGUUCUGAGAGUCCAGGUAUUUUGGGACUUGGCCUCUUUAAACUGGCAGAGCCAAAACGACCAUUAAAGCCAAGAAGAAAAGAAAGGAAGAAGGUCACAGCACAGAAUUUGUCAGAUGGAGACAUAAAACUGUUAGUGAACGUCGUUAGAGCUUAUGAUAUUCCAGUGAGAAAACCAGUGCUGAGCAAACUUCAACAACCAUCGAAAUCUUCAAGGUCCUUUAAUGAAAUGUUUGCAGCUUCUCCAUCAGCUCAGAGUGCAACUGAUAGCCCAGAUUGGGCAUUCAACCAGGUUUUAGUCCGUCCCUUUGUAGAAGUUUCUUUUCAGCGAACAGUCUGCCGGACAACAACAGCAGAGGGUCCAAACCCCAACUGGAAUGAGGAACUUGAGCUUCCAUUUAGAGCUCCUAAUGGUGACUACAGCACCCACAGUUUGCAGUCAGUGAAGGAUGAAGUCUUCAUUAAUGUUUUUGAUGAAGUCCUCCAUGAUGCUGUAGAGGAUGAUCUUGAAAGAGGAAGUGGAAUCCGCACUCGUGUUGAGAGACACUGGCUGGGAUGUGUUAAGAUGCCAUUUACUACCAUAUAUUUUCAAGCAAGGAUUGAUGGUACGUUUAAGGUGGAUAUUCCUCCUGUCCUCCUUGGCUACAGCAAAGAUAAGAAUCUGGGAAUUGAGAGAGGUUAUGAUUCUGUGCGAAAUCUGAGUGAGGGCUCAUAUAUAACACUGUUUAUUACCAUUGAACCACAGCUCAUUCCUGGAGAGUCAGUCAGAGAGAAGAUGAAUGAAAUGCUUAAAAAGUUUGAUACCCAAGAAGAUGAGAAGCUGCUCCAGGCUGCAGCAAAGUACGAAGCUGAGUGUACAUCAAAGUUUCCAAGCCGCCAGUGCCUAACAACUGUAAUUGACCUCAAUGGAAAAACAGUUUUUAUUACCAGAUAUAUCAAACCUCUGAAUCCACCACAGGAGCUUCUGGAUGCCAUCCCAAACAGUUCUCAAACAGCAGCAGAAUUGGUGGCUCGAUAUGUUUCUUUGAUUCCUUUUUUGCCAGAUAGUGUGUCAUUUGCUGGAAUUUGUGAUUUAUGGAGUACAUCAGAUCAAUUUCUUUAUCUUCUGGCGGGAGAUGAGGAGGAACAUGCUGUGCUCUUGUGUAAUUAUUUUCUUGGUAUGGGGAAAAAAGCCUGGCUUAUCAUUGGAAAUGCUAUUCCUGAGGGAUCAACUGCGUAUGUAUUAACUUUGGAACAAAGUCAGUAUGUAAUUUGGAAUCCCAGUACUGGAUGUUUUUAUGGGCAGUAUGAUACUUUCUGCCCCUUACAAAAUGUUUACUGUCUGAUCAGCUGUGAUAAUAUUUGGUUUAAUAUGCAAGAAUAUGAUUCUCCAGUAAGGAUAAAUUUUGAUAUCAGCAAACCAAAACUUUGGAAGUCUUUCUUUUCAAGAAGUUUGCCCUACCCUGGUCUCUGCAGUGUUCAGCCUGAAGAACUAGUUUACCAGCAUUCAGACAAGGCUGCUGCAGUGGAACUACAGGGCAGGAUUGAAAAAAUAUUAAAAGAUAAGAUUAUGGAAUGGAGACCAAGGCACCUAACUCGUUGGAACAGAUACUGUACCUCUACUCUACGUAACUUUUUGCCGCUUCUGGAACAAAACCAAGGCAAAGAUGUAGAAGAUGACCAUCAGGCAGAGCUGCAAAAACAGCUAGGAGAUUACAGGGUCUCUGGAUUUCCUAUUCAUAUGCCUUUUUCUGAAGUGAGACCUUUAAUAGAAGCUGUACACAGCACAGGAGUUCAUACCAUUGAUGUUUUCAAUGUUGAAUUUGCUCUAGCUGUGUAUAUUCAUGCUUAUCCCCAAAAUGUUCUCUCUGUAUGGAUUUAUGUUGCUUCACUUGUUCGAAAUAGGUAGUACAGACCAGUCAGACUACCUCAGGAAAUUUUCUUACAUAGGGGCAAACAUAACCGAUUUAUCACACUAUUGAUUUGAGCUAUCCCAAGUAUUUUAAAAAUUGAAAGAGAACCUGAUUUUUAGUAGCUGCAAGCACAUGAGAUUUAUUCACCCUACAACUACUUAAGAUACUAAAUAGUACUAAGCUUAAAAUUCCAGUACCAAUAGGUGAUUUUUAUGCAGUAUUUUAUCACUCCCAGGGGGACAUCAACUCUUAAAAGCAUUACAUAUGCCCAUGUAUGGUGGCAUGGUCAAGUUUAGCCACCUUGUUUUCAGAUGAAACUUGGUUCCUGGAAUGAUGCCUUGAAGACUGUGGUUUUAGGUCAUCAGUUUUAUUUGAUCUACACACUUUCUUCCUCUUGAAAGACACUGGCAAAUACAAAUAGAGUUUUCCAGUACCCAAGUUCCUGAAUGAAGAUGAGGACUGUUUAGCCAUGAAUAAAUUUCAUGCACCAAAGAACCAUCAAUGAAGGCCAUUCUUCAGCUUCUAAGAGGCUGCUUCAUACUUAGUGUCUGUGUAAUGCCAGCACCCUUUAGAAGUGUAGGAUCACAUUUUCUUUAGAAGUUGAGACAAGUAUUUAAUAAAUAUUUAUACCAAAACCUAAGUGGAAGUUCAUUCAUUUAUACAAGAAUUCUAUUACAUUGGAGUCUGAAAUCCUUAUCUGCAAUUUACCCUAGUAAAGAUUAUCAAAAGAAUAGUUUACUAAAAAUCAGAUUCACUUAUUAGUAUGUUAAUUGUGGUGUUGACUGUUAAUACUGAUAGAUUUUCCUGCAGUAAUCUUGCUAAUCAAACUCUUCCCAGUGAAAAUGAUGGUGGGUUGAGUUUAGGAAGAAUGUUUAUCAGAUUUAAGAUUGUUCUUGAGCUUAACUCCAAACUAAAUUCAGUCUGUCUAAUAAAUACUAGACAUCAAAGUCUUUGGUUUAGAGCCUGGGGUUGCUGCCACAGGUUCCCCUCUAUAAAACUCCCACAGAAAGGAGUGUGUAUGUCAUCACAUGAUGCUUUGCUGAACAACACUGAUGCCAUCUCCUGAAUUUAGUCCAGGUCCCCUUCAGAGAAAGGUGAAAAAGAAACACAUGUAAGUAAGUGGAUAGAAUUUUGUGCAGCUGUGAUUUAGUCUUCAACUGUGUCUACGAGUCUGCACAGAAAACAGCACCU